UCGUGUGCCAGACACACAGCCACUGAACCUCAAGCAGCUUCACUUUAACUGGAGUGCCGGGGCGCGUGCCAGCAGCCGGCCCCACCAGGACUCGCUCUCCCACACCCCACCGACAGAACCCAGGGAGAGGCAGCAGGCAACCGGCCCUUCUUCAACUCCUCUCUGGCAAAGGCAGCUGGACCCCCGCCCCCUAUAACAGUGGGACCCUCUCCAGGAGAAGGGAGGAGGGGGGGGGGGACACACGCAAAUCUGUCCCUGAAGAUUGCAGUGAGGGCCAGUGCAGGGCGAGAGCACUCCGCCAAGAGACAGGCAGUGUCAAGGGGAGCCAAGAUGUUCGUGAAGCCGGAGAGCCUGGAGCUGCAGGCGGAGGGGGAGCUGCUGCUGCUGGGCCCGGCCUCGCCCUGCUCCCCCUCGCUCACCCCGCUCUCCUCCAGCUCCGAGGAAGAGGAGGACGAUGAGCUCCAGGCGCCCUCGCCAGCCCGCCCGGCGGAGGAGCAGCAGGCGCGGCUGCAGCUGAGCCUGAGGCGGCACGAGUGCAAGCGGCGCUCCGGCCGGGCCCGGGCCGGCUCCCGGGGGACCAGGACAGCCGAAACGGUGCAGCGGAUCAAGAAGAGCCGGCGGCUGAAGGCCAACAACCGGGAGCGGAACCGCAUGCACAACCUGAACGCGGCGCUGGACGCGCUGCGCGAGGUGCUGCCCACCUUCCCCGAGGACGCCAAGCUCACCAAGAUCGAGACGCUGCGCUUCGCGCACAACUACAUCUGGGCGCUGACCGAGACCCUGCGCCUGGCCGACCACUGCGGCGCCGCCGGCCUGCCGGGAGCCCUCUUCCCCGAGGCCGUGCUGCUGAGCCCCGGCGGCGCGCCCGCCAGCACCGCCAGCAGCCCCUCGCCCGCCUCCUCCUGGAGCUGCACCGACAGCCCCCUCUCCUCCGCCUCCUCCUCCUCCUACAGCUGCACUUUAUCGCCCGCCAGCCCCGCCUCGGACAGGGACUGCUGGCAGCCCGACCAGCGCCGCUACGCGCCGCCUCGCCCGCUGGCCAGGGACUUCAUCUAGCAGCCCCCCUCGCCCCGGCGGUGCGGCCAGCC